AUGAGGUGGACUGACAUAAACUGUUCCAAUUAUGUCGUUAUAAAAAUCAAGCAAAACAUAGUUUCAUUCGGUUCUGGGAAAGUUACUCCUCACAGCCAUGAUAUAUCUGACCCCAGUUAUUGCGACAGUGUCAAUCAGUCUGCUGUUUAACGGUUUUCCGUUGAUUGGAGCUGAGGACCGUGCUGUAACAACUGAUCCGUCAAAAAUGCAAAAAUUUGUCACACUUGAUGGGUGUAAAUGUGAUGACAAUCUGCAAUGUGACUGUUGUGCUGGUAUAGACCUGACGAAUACUUCACAUCGUAACUUCUGCCUCAGCUUGAAAUUGAUUCCGAACGAAAUUACCCUGAGAGCAACAGUUACAAUAAGCGGAAAUAGCAUCUACACAGGACAAAUCGACCCAAGCGUAGCUCCAAUUUGCCCACCGGCGUUAGCAGGGAUCUGCCUUACCAUCAACCACGUCGACAUACAGAAACGCCAGGUCUGCUCUAAAGUGACUGCCACAAUUUUCACUCUUGUGAAGUUCCCUUGUAUUGGUCAGACAGAUGGAAAGCUGGCUGUUGAACCCAAUACGUAUCCGUGAACCAUCUCGAUGUCAGGCAAAAGAAAUAAAAAUAAAUGAUAGAGAAAAGAAUAUUGUUUUGUCUAUUUAUACGACAUUAAUUUGGACGGUUUUUAAUUUAAUUUAAU